CACGAACUUCGUAGUCUCAGAUUAACAUAAAGAGAUUAUUCAAAAAUUAAUAAGAUGACAACUAAUAUUCUAACUUCGUGUGAUUCUAACUCAUCGUAUAACAUAAUUACUUCCAAUGAUAAAUUCUGCAAUUGGUUUUAUGAUGAGAAAACAUGUUGGCCAAUUGCAAAAGCCAAUACUAAUGUAUCUCAACCAUGUCCAAAAGAACAAGGAUUUGACAAAAUGAAGAUGGCUUAUAAGUAUUGUACAGAAGACGGAAAUUGGGAAAAUGUAACGAAUUUGUUUGGAUCAACUGAUUAUAGUAGCUGUUAUACUCCAGAACUAACGGAAAUGCUAGAGAAACUUGGAUCAGACUACGAUACAAAACGAAAACUUAACAUUGCUAUUAACACUGGAGUAAUUGAAGUAGUCGGAUGCCUGGUAUCUAUUGUUUCAUUGAUCAUAUCAUUAUGUAUUUUCAUCAGGCAUAAAGGUUUAUUGGAACAGAGGUUCAAAAUACACAUGAAUUUAUUUGUCGCAUUAUCACUACAAAUGUUUAUUAAAUUAAUUUUAAAUAUCGAUAAACUGGAUUUAUUCAAAACAAAAAAAUAUCAUUCGAAUGUAACUUGUCUUGUGGACUGUAAUAACCAGAUCCGUUUAGUGAAAGAUGAUGACAAUUGGUUUUUUGGAAUUAUGUAUACACCAAUAAUUUGUGAGGGUAGUCAAGUCAUAUUGGAAUGGUCAAAAACUGCUAGUUUUAUGUGGAUGUACAACGAAGGAGUAUAUCUGUAUAGAAUUAUAAAAUCUAGAGUCUUAAGAAUAAAUUCAAUAAAUUUCCGUAUGUAUCUAUUUGGUUGGGGUUUACCAGCGUUGAUGACGUUUGUAUGGUUAUUGGUAACAAUGGUUUAUUACAAAAAAUCAUCUAGUGUCUGUUGGUGGGGCUACAGUUUGUUACCCUUUUUUUGGAUCCUUGAAGGACCCCGUAUGAUAAUUAUAGUAGUAAAUUUCAUAAUAUUAAUCAUUGUAUUGAGAGAGCUGUUGAAAAAAAUUAAAUCAAAAUUGUCACCGUCAAACGAGUUGGAUAUCAUAAGAAAAGUAUCAAAAGCAGCCAUAGCUCUCGUUCCUUUACUUGGGAUUACAAACUUUAUAUUAGUUAUAUUACCUGAACCACAUUCAAAAAGUCCUGAAUUAUUUGCUUUUUGGUCGUAUUCUGCACAUAUAUUACACUCAUUCCAGGGCUUAAUGGUGUCAAUACUAUACUGUUUUAUGAAUAAAGAAAUUAAAAAGUCGUUUGAUAAACGAAUGAUGCUCCAAAAAUCACGACGAAAUUUUGAAAUGGAAAUGACAUAAUUUAUUUAAAACUUAGAUUAUUAUAAUAUUUUUUUUAUAAAUAUAAUUAAAUUUUUUUUAAGAAUAAC